CUCGCGAUCCACGCGCUGGUAUAAAUUGCCGCCGCGACAGCACUCAGGCAUCAGUCGUUCGAUCGUCAUCAACAUAUCAAACCGUCUUAGGACUUUACAAAAAUCAAAAAUGAAAUCGUUCUUCGUUGUUGCUUUGCUCGUGGCUGCGGCCGCCGCCGCCCCCGCCAACCCUGAUGCUGAUGCAGUCAUCGUGCGUUACGAUGCUGACCAGGGAGACCCACAACACUACAGCUACAGCGUGGAGACCUCCAACGGCAUUGCAUUCUCCGAAGAAGGCGCCUUGAAGAACGUUGGCUCUGAGAACGAAGCUAACUCAGUUAGAGGAAGCUAUGCUUACGUCGGCCCCGACGGCGUCACUUACUCCGUGGUCUACAUCGCUGACGAGAACGGUUUCCAGCCCCAGGGUGCUCACCUCCCCGUCGCCGCCUAAAUCGGUGUUGACACCAGCGCCAUCUAGUCCAAAAAUACUCACACCUCUAACUUUAAACCUACCCUUUGUUAUGUUCAUGCGAUCUGUGAUACGGUCCUGAUUUUAAUAAACAAUUUAUGUUAGUAAUUUA